AAUAAGUCCCUUGGAGGGUCACAUGACUCUACAGCGCUCAAGGCAGAUCUCUUCUCAUAAGGGUUCUGUGUGAGCCUCUAAAACCCAUGAUUUUUCUCUGCAGAUGUAGGAAGAAAGGAGGUGGAUGGAUAGAUAAGCAUGGCCUUGCUCCUGGUCUCCGUACUGGCAUUCCUGAGCCUGGGGUCCGGAUGUCAUCAUCAGAUCUGUCACUGCUCUAACAGGGUUUUCCUCUGCCAAGAGAGCCAGGUGACAGAGAUUCCCUCGGACCUGCCCAGGAAUGCAGUUGAACUGAGGUUUGUCCUCACCAAACUUCAAGUGAUCCCCAAAGGAGCAUUUUCAGGAUUUGUGGACCUGGAGAAAAUAGAGAUCUCACAGAAUGAUGUCUUGGAAGUGAUAGAGGCCAAUGUGUUCUCCAAUCUGCCCAAGUUACAUGAAAUUAGAAUUGAAAAAGCCAACAACUUGCUGUACAUCGACCCUGAGGCUUUCCAGAACCUUCCCAACCUCCGAUAUUUGUUAAUAUCCAACACAGGCAUUAAGCACUUGCCAGCUGUUCACAAGAUUCAAUCUCUCCAGAAGGUUCUACUAGAUAUUCAAGAUAACAUAAACAUCCACACAGUUGAAGGAAAUUCUUUUGUGGGACUGAGUUUUGAAAGUAUGAUUCUAUGGCUGAAUAAAAACGGGAUUCAAGAAAUACACAACUGUGCAUUCAAUGGAACCCAGCUAGAUGAGCUGAAUCUAAGUGAUAACAAUCAUUUGGAAGAACUGCCUAAUGAUGUUUUCCAGGGAGCCUCUGGACCAGUCAUUCUAGAUAUUUCAAGAACCAGAAUCCGCUCCUUGCCAAGCUAUGGCUUAGAAAAUCUUAAGAAGCUACGGGCCAGGUCGGCUUACAACUUAAAAAAACUUCCCAGUCUGGAAAAGUUUGUCUCACUCAUGGAGGCCAGUCUCACCUACCCCAGCCACUGCUGUGCCUUUGCAAACUGGAGACGGCAAACCUCUGAGCUUCAUCCAAUUUGCAACAAAUCUAUUUUAAGGCAAGAAAUUGAUGAUAUGACUCAGGCUAGGGGUCAGAGAGUCUCUUUGGCAGAAGAUGAUGAGUCCAGUUACACCAAAGAAUAUGACACAAUGUAUGGUGAAUUUGACUAUGACUUAUGCAAUGAAGUAGUUGAUGUGACUUGCUCUCCUAAGCCAGAUGCAUUCAACCCAUGUGAAGAUAUCAUGGGGUAUGAUAUUCUCAGAGUCUUGAUAUGGUUUAUAAGUAUCCUCGCCAUCACGGGGAACAUCGUAGUACUGGUGAUUCUGACUACCAGCCAGUAUAAACUCACAGUUCCCCGGUUCCUUAUGUGCAACCUAGCCUUUGCUGAUCUCUGCAUUGGAGUCUACCUGCUGCUCAUAGCAUCAGUUGAUAUCCACACCAAAAGCCAAUACCACAACUAUGCCAUUGAUUGGCAAACUGGAGCUGGCUGUGAUGCUGCGGGCUUUUUCACUGUCUUUGCCAGUGAGCUCUCAGUCUACACUCUGACAGCCAUCACGCUGGAAAGAUGGCAUACCAUUACCCAUGCCAUGCAGGUAGACUGCAGAAUGCAGCUCCGCCAUGCUGUCAGCAUCAUGCUGAUAGGCUGGGUCUUUGCUUUUAUAGUUGCGCUCUUUCCCAUUGUCGGCAUCAGUAGCUACAUGAAGGUUAGCAUCUGCCUGCCUAUGGAUAUUGACAGCCCCUUGUCACAGCUGUAUGUAAUGUCGCUCCUUGUACUCAAUGUCCUAGCCUUUGUGGUCAUCUGUGGCUGCUACACCCACAUCUACCUCACAGUGAGGAACCCCAACAUCGUGUCUUCCUCUAGUGACACCAAGAUUGCCAAGCGAAUGGCCAUGCUCAUCUUCACGGACUUCCUCUGCAUGGCACCCAUCUCUUUCUUUGCCAUCUCGGCUUCCCUCAAGGUACCCCUCAUCACUGUGUCCAAAUCAAAGAUCCUCCUGGUCCUAUUCUACCCCAUCAACUCCUGCGCCAACCCCUUCCUCUACGCCAUCUUCACCAAAAACUUCCGCAGGGACUUCUUCAUUCUGCUGAGCAAGUUUGGCUGGUAUGAAAUGCAAGCCCAGCUAUAUAGGACAGAAACCUCAUCCACUGCCCAUCACUCCCAUCCACGGAAUGGCCACUGCCCUCCAGCUCACAGGGUCACCAAUGGUUCCAAUUAUACACUUGUCCCUCUAAGCCACGUAGCCCAGAACUAAACCAAAAUAUGCAAAUCUAUCUAAGUCUUGAGUGAUAAUUUAGUCUCACCUUUGAAGAAUGUGCCAUUAGAUACUGACAGAGAGCUGCUACAUACAUCUAAUUUAAUCUUCUUGGUAUACCUGUAAGGUAAAUCAGUCAGGAACUAUUAACUCCAUGUGGUAGAUUAGGAAGUUCAAGUAUUAAUGACAAUAAUUCAAUGUUAUGUCACAUUUGUUUUAUGCUUUAUAGUGCUUUGUUCAGAUUAUCUCAAAUGAUUGUUAUAAAAGUCCUGUAAACAAGGCCCUCCUUGGUGGCGCAGGUGGCGCAGGUGGCUGAGCGCUGCACUAUGAAGAUGUCCACAGCCUUUGCAGCAUGGGUUCAAUACCGGCCGGCCGGCAAGAAUUCCACAUGGCAAAGCAGACCUCUCCUGUCUCAGCCUCUGUUCCCCUCAGCAGUGUAUUUCGUCAGUCUGCCUGUUCUGUUCCCCACUCUCUCUCCGGUGAAUCCUCUCACCCUCCCGCACAUCUGGCCUGUACCCCGGUUCUUGUAUAAAAAUAAAUAAAUCUUUUUAAAAAAAGCCCUAUAAACAAGCAGGACAGGGUGUGAAUGUUGGAGUUUUAUAGAUUUUAUAGAUGAGGAAACCAAUACUCGAAGGGUUAGGUAGUUUGUUCAAAACUGCUUGCCUCGUCAGGAGCAAGCAUUGGUACUUUCAGAGAACUUAACAGGAGAAGCAGCACAGUAUCUAUUCAUUUGUUCAAAAAGCAUUCUUUGAACAUGCAUGUGAUGACUUUGCUAUGUGUCACUUUGGAUAGGCUGAACUACAUUUCCCAGGAUUUCUUGUUUCC